GCACACUGUGGUGACUACAAAUAUCCACAGUAUGUUUGGCACGGAGAACCAAGAGAUUGAGCAGUAUAACACGUCAGUCGACAUCAAUAAACUCCCAAUGUUCACCCGACCGGAGCUAGCGGCGUAUGACGGUUCCCACAAGCCCGAAAUCUAUUUAGCGAUAAGAGGAUUCGUGUACGAUGUCACGUCCAACCCCAAAAACUAUGGGCCUGGCAAGUCGUAUCACAAAUUGGUAGGCAGAGAUGUCACCCGGUUGUUGGGGCUAAACAAGUUGGUGAUACGAAAGGAUGGUGACGAGGCGGUAGAUACCUGGAGCACAGAUGAUUUCAGUGAUAAGCAGCAUCAGGCGGUGGACAAGUGGAUCCAGUUUUUUCGCAAGCGGUAUCGUGUAGUGGGGUUGGUGGUGGGCCACGAUCCAUAGGAGAGCACAAGGUGAGUACAAGGAGCAGCACGAGCAGUGCACAAUGGUAACAGUGACUUGAAUUAAUGAUAUGUGUACCAGCCGUAGCUCAUGGUAGCGAGAGCUCAUGGCAGAGGAUAGCCCUAAGCAGAAGAUUCACUAUACCACUGGGAGCACCUACCCUACCAGUGUUUUCCAAGGCAAUAGGAAAUAGCACAACUCCUUGUCGCAUUAUCUAGUUUUUACAUUCUUAUCUAUUUUCAAUUCUUUAAUGAAAUUAGCUUUAUGCCUUAUCUUUAAUGGGAGUCACAUCUCUCCUUAAUCUUUUAACCAUCGCUUCCCUUUUUAAUAUUUCUGUGUUUGGUUUAUUUUAAUGAUCUUCAAAUAUUUGUCAGCUUAAACAGGUCGUAUUCCAGUUUCACGGUUACCAAGAACUGAAUGCAAUAAACUACUUACAUAUAAAUUGAACUUUAGGAAGUCAUAUAGCUGCUACAAUAAGACCUUCUAUACAACUUUCUCCUUUUGCGGAAAUCUUUCAAGACGGAAAUUGGCUACUAGGUUAUUUUUAGUAUUAUACGACGAAGUUGGUAAACCAGUGAAGAAUAAAAUGAGUAAGCAACUU